UCUUAUUCGUGUUUUUUUGCUUGUCGUGUUUUGUUCCACUGCCUCUCGACUCUUUGAGGAUAAACUGCGGCACCUGGUCACGACGCUAGUCAUGCCCUUGCUUUAACUUUGAGUGUAAACGCUUUUGCAUUGAGGGAUUUAAGAGGGUUCUUUUUGAGACAGACAAUGCUGCAAAUCAUGUUCAGGGCUGCUCUUUUACUCCUUCUGUUGGUGGUCUGGUGCGUUGCGCAGGAACAAGCCCAAACAAAACCGUGUAUUUGCGGACACCCUGGCAUACCGGGGGACCCCGGGCACAAUGGCAGCCCCGGUAGAGAUGGACGGGAUGGAAUGAGAGGUGACAAAGGUGAUGGAGGUGAAAGGGGUCAAGCUGGUCCAGCAGGCAGUAAUGGACACAAGGGCGACAAAGGGGAACCUGGUACCGUUGGCCCAGUGGGGCUCAAAGGAAAAAGGGGAGAUAAUGGAGAACGGGGCCCUCCUGGGAAAUUGGGACCCCAAGGAGUCCAAGGACCCUUGGGUCUGAAAGGAAAUAAGGGAGAGCUUGGACUGCCUGGACCUCAAGGGCCUAAAGGUGAUCUGGGGCCAGUGGGUCUAAAGGGAGAGAUUGGUCUUAGAGGUGACAGGGGAAUUCAGGGACCACAGGGCCCCUCUGGUAGGCCAGGCCCUAAGGGGGACAUGGGUGUCCCAGGUCACAAGGGCAACAUUGGGUAUCGCGGGGAAAGGGGACCUCGAGGGGAACAGGGCGAUAAGGGUGAGAAGGGAGACUUGUCUGUUUUGUAUAAGAGUGCUUUUUCUGUGGGACUCACGGCGGUGACUAAACUCCCAGCAGCCAGUGCACCGAUCCGCUUUGACAAGAUCAUUUACAACCAGCAGAAUCACUACGACCCACUAACGGGGAGGUUCACGUGUGCUGUAACGGGCGCCUACUAUUUCACCUACCACAUCACCGUGUUCUCCAGAAACGUGAAGGUGGUUCUCAUGAAGAACGGCGUGAGGAUCAUCCACACCAUGGACAACUAUCAGAGCAGCGAGGACCAGGCCUCAGGGGGCGCUGUGCUGCACCUGGAGGUGGGUGAUAAGGUGUGGCUGCAGGUGGCUGGAGGAGAGCUGUUCAACGGGCUCUUCGCUGACGAAGAUGAUGACACGACCUUCUCUGGAUUUUUAAUCUUUGCAGCACAAUAGUUUUUAGUAUAUACACAUUUAUAUGGAAUGUAGCCUAGAUUGUAUAUAUGCAUGUAUAUGUAGACAACAACUAAAAUAUAUUUUGCUCUUAUUACAGAUGAAUAAUUGUCAUAAAUAUUCAUGAGCUCAAACGUAACUGUGAGUAACAUUUUGACUAUAACUGAGAAACACAUGUCAUUAAAAUGCCAAUAACAAAAUAA